UGUGAGAUGUGAAGGCAGCUGCGCCUGAAAAAAGUGGGUCAGGCUCGGAGGUGAGGUAGACAGACGCAAUUGUAGUUUUCUUCCAUAACCGUUUAUAAAUGAGACCACGUAGAGACGCCGAUCGACGCAGAUUCGUCUCUUCCUCCUCCUCCCCCUUGCCUCCACCGCCUCCGCCGCUAGCAGUCCGCCUCCGUCGUCUGGUAUUGAAACUGUGUCUGGCCAUGGCCGGCCAAUCUCGCAAGUGGAUGGUGUUAGUGGCCACCAUAUGGAUUCAGGCUUUCACCGGCACCAAUUUCAAUUUCUCGGCAUACUCUUCCUUGCUCAAAUCCUCCCUCAAUAUCUCCCAGGUCCAGCUCAGCUACCUCGCCACCGCCAGCGACAUGGGCAAGGUCUUCGGCUGGUCCUCCGGUCUCGCUCUCUUGCAUUUCCCGCUCUCCAUCGUUAUGUUCACCGCCGCAUUCAUGGGCUUCUUCGGUUAUGGCCUCCAAUGGCUCCUUCUUCGCAAUCUCAUUACCUUGCCUUAUUCUCUGGUGUUUCUUCUAUGUUUGUUAUCUGGCUGUAGCAUCUGUUGGUUCAACACAGUAUGUUUCGUUCUCUGCAUUAGGAAUUUCCCAGCAAAUCGAUCACUUGCAUUAUCACUCACCGUGAGUUUCAAUGGAGUUAGUGCAGCACUCUACACGCUUGCUGCCAAUUCAAUAAACCCCUCGUCUAGUGAAUUGUAUCUUCUAUUGAAUGCCCUCGUUCCCCUUCUUACUUCCUUUGCAGCACUAAUCCAAAUUCUUCGCCAACCAGCUUUAGACCCUCUUCCUCCUGAUGCAGUUCAUCGGGACUCAUUGAUAUUUCUGAUAUUGAACUUCUUAGCAAUUUUCACUGGCCUCUAUCUUCUUCUCUUUGGCUCAUCUGUCUCUGAUGUAACUAUAGCUCGUCGCUACUUUGCUGGAGCUAUAUUCCUCCUCAUCUUCCCAUUAUGUAUUCCUGGAACUGUCUGUGCUCGUGAUUGGUUCCGCCAUGUCAUCCAUUCGAGCUUUCAGGUGGAAGGCUCAGGCUUCAUACUUGUUCAUGUUGAUGAUCUCGAGCUCCAUAAGGAACUCCUCACCGGUUCCAAUAGCAUUCAUAGUCUCACCAAUGGUGACUCUAAAAGUCUGUUGAGUGAGAAUGGAUCAAUGCAUGGAAGUCUUACGGCAAAAGAUAGCGAUGGGUUUUGUGAGAGAAUGAUCGACAAGGAUCAGUUGACAAUGCUAGGUGAAGAACAUUCAGCUUCAAUGGUUGUCCGUAGGUUGGAUUUCUGGCUUUAUUAUGUUGCGUACUUCUGCGGAGGCACCAUUGGUCUUGUCUACAGCAAUAAUAUGGGACAGAUUGCCCAAUCUUUGGGCCUGAGUUCAGAUAUAUCUACCCUCGUCACGCUUUAUUCAUCAUUCUCCUUCUUUGGCCGCUUGCUUUCAGCUGGGCCAGACUAUAUUCGUAGUAAAUUUUACUUUGCCAGGACUGGAUGGCUCACAAUUGGGCUAAUACCAACCCCAAUUGCGUUUUUCUUGCUUGCUGCAUCAGACACUGCUGUAGCACUUAAUACAGGCACAGCACUUAUUGGGCUGAGCUCUGGGUUCAUUUUUGCAGCUGCCGUGUCAAUUACUUCUGAGCUAUUUGGGCCAAACAGUGUGAGCGUCAACCACAAUAUUCUCAUCACAAAUAUCCCAAUUGGAUCUCUUUUCUAUGGCUGGCUUGCUGCAGUUGUUUAUGAUGCCAAUGCGCAUCCCUCAACACAAUCAACAGUAUCUGACAUGGCGGUGUGCAUGGGAAGGCAGUGCUACUUCUGGACAUUUGUAUGGUGGGGAUGUAUCUCUCUCAUUGGACUAGCUUCUAGUGUGUUAUUGUUCGUAAGAACAAAACACGCGUAUGAUAAUUUUGAAAACAAGCGUAUAUCAACACAACCAAUUCUGUUUUAGGUUUGUGGCUCUGAAGAAACAUAAAGAUCAUUGUUUUGGCUUCAUUGGAGAUAUGCAGAAGCUAGGACUUGUAUAGGGCUUUCUUGAUUUUGGAUACUGAUACAGAUAGGCAAAGAUAAAGCGGGGUUGAGUGUAGACGAGAUUUAGAUUGAGUAGCAAAAAGGAGAAGAAUUAUAGUUUAAAUGCAUGAGGAUUGAGGAAAUAUUCAUUAAAUGCUUCACGGUGACAUCUGGAGCUUCAGGAAGGCUUACUUGUUUUGUAGGGCAUGAUUUGGAUCCGGACUGAGCUGAGUACAAUAUUUCUGUUUGGAUGGGACAUGGUUUUGUCUUUGUCCUCAUGAUUCUGCUGGAGAAUGCAGAAGCAAGGGCUCCGAGUGUUCAAGGCAUGAUGGAUCUGAUCCUCAGAAGACUAUUGUGUGGGGCUGCUCUGGCCGGGUGACUUCUGCACUAUUUUACACUUACAGUGCCCGUCAUUUGAAAUAUAGCUCUAGUUGGCAAACUUUUCCAUAUGUUACAUUUUCUCUCAAGAAAUAAUAUUUAUCUUUGAUAA